AUGGCGCUCUUCCGCCAGAUGCAGCUCGAAGGGAUCGCUCCCGACCGCCGGAUGUUCGUGGCGCUCGGGAAUGCGGCCGCGGCAGCCCGGGAUUUGGAGCAGGGCCGGGUAAUCCACAGGUGUGCGCAGGAAUCCGGGUAUUGCCGCGAUUCACAGCUCGCGACGGCGAUCCUUAACAUGUAUGGCAAAUGCGGUGAUAUUCGCAGCGCGCGCGUUGUGUUCGAUGCAAUCGCGGCGCCCGGCGUGGUUGCCUGGACCGCUCUCAUCUCCGCGCGCUCGGAAUCCAGGGAAAUAUCGCCCGGCAGUAGCGAAGGAGCGAUCCAUCUCUUUCGAUCGAUGCAGCUCCAGGGAGUAGCGCCGAAUGCCGUGACAUUCCUGGCUGCUCUGUCCAACUGCAACGAUCUCCGCCUUGGGAUAUGGAUCCACUCCCUCUACGACGACUCAAGAUCAAGAACAGGGAUCGAGCUGGAGGAAAUCGACGUCGUAGUGGGCACCGCGCUAGUGGCGAUGUAUGGAAGGGUCGGUUCCUUGAGUAGCGCCUCAAGCGUCUUCCUGGUCAUGCCCGAGAAGAACACUGUCACUUGGAACACUAUGAUCGCAGCAUAUGCCCAAAAUGGGCAUCACAAAGAGGCACUUGGAGUUUACUGGAGAAUGCUCCUCGAUGGACAGCACAGGCCGAGCAAAGUUACGUUCCUGGGUGUCUUCCAGGCCUGUCAAUCUCCCCAGUUUCUCGUUCACGGCAGGUCGAUCCACUCCCAGUCGACCGAAAAGGGAUUGAGCCACGACACCGCAGUCGCCACCACCAUCGUCAGCAUGUAUGGAAAAUGUGGGAACUUGGAUGGCGCUCGAGAAGUCUUUGCUGGAAUCCAGAACAGGGACUCCGCUUGCUGGACAGCGAUGAUCGGUGCCUGUGCAGACAAUGGUGACUCGGCUUCCAGCGUGAUGCUCUUCAGGAAGAUGGAGCAUGAAGGAAAUCCCGUGAGGAAAGUCACUCUUGUGGCUCUUCUCAACGCUUGUGCUGCCGACUCAUCGUUCCUGGAAGUUGGUCGAGCUCUUCACAAGCGGGUGGUGGUUUUGGGAGCUAUCUCAGACACCUUGGUGGCGAAUGCGUUGCUGAGCAUGUAUGGGAAGUCUGGGAAGCUGAAACAGGCCUGGGAGAUCUUCCUCGCAAUCUCUUCUUCCGUGGCUUGGGAUUCGUCGGCAAUGCUCGUGACUUGGAACACUUUGAUAGCAGCCUUCGCAGUACACAGCGACCCUGCCAGCACUCUCGAGCUCUUUCAGAUGAUGCUGCUGGAAGGCAUUGGAGCUGACGGUAGAACUUUCAUGGGAAUGCUCGACGGUUGCACCCAUACUGGCCGUGUCGAGCAAGGCUGCUACUACUUCGGCCUCAUGAGGGACCACUGGAUAGUUCCCGAGAAGGAGCACUACGGCUGCCUUGCGGACCUGCUGGGACGGGCGGGGUGGCUGCUCGAGGCCGAGGAGUUCAUCAAGAAAAUGCCCGCGUCGGUGGUGGACGACUUCAAAUGGAUGUCUCUGCUGGGGGCUUGCAAGAUGCACGGCGACGUCUCGAGAGCGGAGCGUGCCGCGAAACAAGCGGUGCAACUCAACUCGCGAAACUCGGCUGCUGCGUACGUUGCACUCUCGAGUGUGUACGUCGCUAAUUCUACAAAGCUCCAUCGACCAUGA